AUGAACCUCCAUGGCAGCAGAGAACGGCGGAAAUCAUCCCACAGGUCGCGAAGACCGUUCGGCAAGCUCACUUUGGAUACCAACUUCGCAAGCCAAGGAAGGCCAUUCCCGUACGAGUCGCGUGUUCAAGAGCUCAGCUUCGUCAGCUUCGCGGAAUCGAAAGCUCGCGCGAAUGUCUUCGCUCGACAAGAAGGUCUCAAACAGCAACUUGGCAACGAAGCGCCACUCGCUCCUCCGGCGCAGCAAAUAGCGCCGACACCAAAUGCGCAGCCAUCUUCGAGGAAGAAGACCAUUGUCAAGCCAAGUAGGAGUUUCCGGGCUGCGAUUGUUCCUUCGCCAACCGAGCAAAAGGCCUCCGAUGCUUCGCUGGCGCCUCCGCUCCACAGACGAGUCAAAGGCCUCAGACCUUCUCCGUUGGAUCUCAACCAGGAUGUCUCGCCCUCAGAUCGAGCGAUCACCAUUGGCUUGGCUUUUGCGCCUUCUACUGCUCCCGUAGAUCCGAAAUCUCCUUCAUCUCCUCCCGAAGGGCCCGAAGGGAAGGACCAUGAGUCGAUUGAUACCCAGAAGGUGCGUAACGACCUAUGUUGACAUCUACGGAGAUGGCAUGCGUUGUAAGAGGAGACUUGCUGCAGAAGUCGUCUCGAUUCCCCACACACGUGUGUCUUGUUAGGUGUCUUACCGUUGACCUAUACCCGGUUCAUUUUACUAAUCGAAGCCAGUUCGGGCAGGAGGUCGCCACGCCAGUUAUCGUGAUCACUCCGGCGAAAGACCGCUUCUCGCCCUCUGACCUAGCAUCUGGAUACCGGCCAACUUCGAGCAUAUAUUCUCGGUACACGAACCUCCUGACCAAAAAGAAUGAGAAGACGCCUCCCGUCCCGCCCCUCCCACUCUUCGCAGCUUCAGGACCUAACGAGUCCAUAACUGCCCCCUAUCCGUAUGCACGAGAGUCAGCCGCCACCACAUUCGAGGAGGACCUCGCGUCGCCUCGUCUACGGGAGACUAGACUCAUGUCAACGUGGUCCGACGAUACUGUUACGCCUAUGACUCGCUUUUCGAAGCGAUCAACCGCUGGACUACCCACCCCGCGCCGAAGCAAGGGAUGGUGGAACAUCAUCACCUCGCCCUUCUCUGCAAAGUCCUCGAACACGUCUUUCUGGAAAUCUCCCUCGGCUGAGCAAAGCUCCGAACAACAUCGUAUACUAGACGAUGCCGCACCCAUGGGUUCGGACCCACAUGCCGGAGUAAUAUUUUUGAACCGUGCCUCAGAUGACGAUGCACUACGAUCAGCACCUGCUUCGGGGCCCGCGCUACGCUCUGAGACAGAGAAACUCAACCCUACUGGAGUCCCUAAGAGAUCGGACACAGCGCCAGCCGCCUUAGACCCUAGUGCUCCGAAGGUGAACAUCUAUCAGCUACCUAGAUCGGGUGAGGCCGCAGCAUACUAUGAUCCCAAUCGCCACUUCUCUAGCCUAUGUCUGUCGCCGACCGCCUUGAAGACCGCAUCUAGAGGCAGCCUUGAAGGCUGGAGCCCUUCACAAAGUGUCCACAUUCCAAGCCGUCAUUGCGAACAAACCGCCAUAGACUGUCUAGGCCCAAUCGCUAACGAUCCGCGUUCCUCCAGAGCGGAGAGCGAGAUAUGUGCCAGCCAAAAGUCUGCGGAACAGGCCGAGAUGGGGCCUAGUUCUCCCGUUGAUGAGCCACUUGCUGCGCGACGUUCUGUUGCAACUGGGGUCAACAUCUUCUCUACGCCAUCAGAGGAAGAGUUGAGGAGUGCUGGACUCGAAAUUCCGCCAGCCUCCCGUGAGUACAGACCACCUCCAGCCGAGCAUCUGAUGUCGCCGCUUUCUGCAACGCCUGUUGUUCAAGAUGCUCACUUGGCAAGAAUUGUCGGCCCUCAUUCUUCAUUUGGAGAGCAAAGGCAAGUAGAGGUCGAAUCUGCUCCAACACCGUCGCACUAUGGUCUUGGCUUUGCAACACUUGGAGCUGCGACAAUUGCGCAUCAUGAACCAAAUGAAGCGCGGGGUUUUUCUUCUGAGAAGCGAACACAGGCGAAGAGCUUAAUGCAGCCACUGCAUGCCAGACAAUAUUCCCACGGCCUGGGAAUCACCGACAGCCACAGCGAUCUUUUCCCUCCGCCCCAGCAUAUCAGCGAGAAGCCUCGCCUUGGGACGGAUAAGUUUGGACAGCUCACCAUCCGGAGCGUCGAGGAGCAGCGGACUCGGAGGCCCUGGUACCGUCGCUUCUUCUGGCUAAUAGCCGCAGCGGUGACUACACUACUCCUUCUGCUGAUAAUCCUUCUGGUCAUCUUCGUUCCACAACGGCAUAACGACAUAUCCGUUCAAUCGACUUGGAUGAACUUGACGGGAUUUCCUGUGCUAGCAACCGGUGUCAGCACGGUGAUCCAACCUCACCGCGCUGACUCAAGCAGUUCCUGUGUGUCCCCUUCGGAGAUGUGGAGCUGUGCAGUACCAGGCCAAAACAAUAACAGCAUUCCCGACUUCAGAUUCGAAAUCAGGUUUCGGAAUGGCACCCUGCCCGCCAACGAGACGGCCAGACGCAGCUCCCGCGCAAGUCAGCGGAAGCGAUGGGACCAAGCUAGCGCACUUCGCCCCUUUACGAAGAGGAGCGAAUGGUCCGACUACCUGUACUCCCCAUCACCCGCAGCGCCGUCUAUCGAAGAUCAGAAAUUCCUUGGCCGCACGACCGACAACGUCACCGCGAUCUAUGAAGGCGAAGAGACUCCAUUCUACAUAUCGAUGCUCGAAGCCCCUUCGCUCUCGGGAUCGUCGGACUCGAAACUGCGUCGCCGGGAAAGCAACUUCACCUACCCAUACCCUACAGACUCGGCGGAGGAACAAUCCCAAAACGUGUCGACCAAAGCCCCAGAAUCCAUACCGCCUCCCGCACUGAAAUCGAACGGGGAGCCUGCUGUGCAAGAGCUGUACCCCCUGGCCACAGCUCAGCCAUUGAAACUCUACAACCGCGGCACGGAAGACGAGCACUAUGGAUUCUACACCUACUUCGACCGCUCCAUCUACGUCUCGGCGCCGGCCAACGCGUCACACAACGCCACGGCCAAUUUCACCGGUAACGUCGCCCUGCACGAAGCCGAGACGGUCUGUACCUUCUCCCAGACCAGGUUUCGUGUCCAGAUCUGGACCCAGAAGGGCAACGUCAGCAGCAGUCUAGGGCGGCGGUCUGCGUCGGGCUCCAUAGCAGCAGCAGCAGCGGGCAAUUCUACGGCUAACGACAUGUCGUCGCCGGGUUCCUUUCCAUACCCCGUGACGGUCACGAUCAAUCGCCAUGGCGGCAGCGCGACCAGGAAGGGCGUGUAUUGCUAUGGUCUGGAUGAGGAGCAUCACGUCGUCAGCGCGGAUAAGAUGUGGAUUGUCGAGGACCGGGCGGCCGGAGGGUCUCUGGUGAACCCGGCGGAGAUUCCGGGCAAUGGUACAUCGGCGAAGAAUUCCAAGAGGGACGAUCAAAUCUACGGAGGCAUAGAUGGAGGGACGGGGGGCUGUGAUUGUCAGUGGCGAAAUUGGAAGUGA